AUGACCAACCAUCUCACCAAUCUCGGCGUUCUGUCCCGUGAAGGCAAGUCAUAUAGCUUCGAUGAGAGAGCCAACGGUUACGCACGUGGCGAGGGAAUCGCCGUUGUGAUUCUCAAGAGAAUUUCCGAUGCCUUGAGAGACGGUAACACGAUUCGUGGCAUCAUCAGGAACAUCGGAUGCAAUCAGGACGGAAAGUCUCCAGGCAUCACAAUGCCUACCGCAGAAGCUCAAUCAGCGCUGAUCAACCGAUUAUACACUGAAGCUGGGCUGGAUCCUGGUUCAACUGGAUAUUUCGAGGCCCACGCAACUGGCACUGGUGUUGGAGACCCCAUUGAGAUGAGUGCGAUCAAUUCCGUCUUUGCGGAGCACUUCACAGCCGAAAACCCUAUGUAUGUUGGUUGUGUGAAGACGAAUGUCGGGCAUCUGGAAGGCUCUGCGGGCCUCGCUGGGCUACUGAAGUCCGUUUACAUCCUCGAGAGCGGCAUCAUUCCUCAGAAUUUGUGGUUUGAGAAGUUGAAUUCCCAAGCAAAUCUUGGCAAGGGCCGUUUUCUCAUUCCCACGACUGCAGUUCCCUGGCCAGGGCAGGGCGCGCGACGGAUCUCCCUGAACAGCUUUGGAAUUGGAGGGACCAAUGCACACGUUAUUCUUCAAGAUGCACGUUCAUACCUUGAGAAUAAUGUCCUGGGCGGGCAAUAUCUAUCGCUCAGCCCCUCGCCAGAGCUCGGAGGAACGCCCAGCAGUGUUGGUUCGGAGUACAGUCUUGUUGGCUCCGAAUACCUGCCACAGUCCAAGCCCAAGCUUUACGUCCUCUCUGCAUUCGAUCAAGGCGGUGUCAGCAGGCUUGCAAACACCUAUAUCUCUCAUCUACAAAAGAAGUGUUCUCAUCAUGAGGAUGCCUACCUAGGCAAUUUGAGUUACACGUUGGCAGCCAAACGAACCGCUUUCUCCUGGAGAGCGGCCGUGGUUGCAGACAGCGCUGACAAUCUCAAAAGGGCCCUACAAGCACUCGAAGAUCAGAAGCCUCUUCGCGCGAAGACAAAGCUGAAUCUCGGACUCGUCUUCACUGGGCAAGGAGCACAGUGGCCUGGCAUGGGGCGAGAACUGCUGCGGCACCCGGUGUUUAGGGGAAGCAUCGAGGCCUCGAGCCGGUACCUCGAGAGCCUCGGUUGCUCGUGGUCCUUGAUUGAUGUGUUGUCCGACAACAACGGUGGUUUGGAUAUCAACUGCCCCGCUCUGAGUCAACCUGUAGUCACCGCGCUUCAAAUUGCACUUGUGGAACUUCUUCAGAGCUGGUCUGUCCGAGCCCAUGCUGUCAUUGGACACUCUUCAGGAGAGAUCGCUGCCGCGUUUGCGGCUUCCGCAAUUUCUCGCGAAAGUGCCUGGAAGAUUGCGUACUAUCGCGGUGUUUUGUGCUCGAGCAUUAGUUCUGGAGCCAUGAUGGCUGUUGGCCUGGGACGUGAAGAGGCAGAAGCCUACGUCGGAAGCGCCAACCAUUCGGUCAAGGAAGGCGGAGUCACUAUUGCUUGUAUCAACAGUCCUAAGAACGUCACUGUCAGUGGCAGCAUUGAAGGCAUCGACAAGGUUUCUGCACUCUUGGAUGCGGACGGUGUCUUUGGCAGAAAAUUGCGCGUCACCAAUGCCUAUCACUCGCCACACAUGAAUCCAAUUGCCGAUGCCUACGGCCGCCUGAUUGGGGAAAUCUCCGCAGGGCCCAACGUCGACGAAAACCAACGACCAAAGUUCUUUUCUUCGUCCUUGGGUAGGGAAGCUGGAGUGGAGCAGCUCCUCGACGGAGCGUACUGGGUUCGCAACCUUCUUCAACCAGUCGAAUUCAGCGAUUGUCUGCAAGCCAUGAUGUCAGAUCCAGGUGCUGGAAAGACGACAUCAAGGAACGCUGCGAUCAACCUGCUCAUGGAAGUUGGUCCACAUUCAGCCCUUCGGUCACCUAUCCGCGAUACCCUACAGAUUGUUCCUGGAGGGAGGGACGUCGCGUACAAAUCCGUUCUUGCAAGAGACUCUCCUGCAGAUCAGACAACUCUAGAAGCCGCAGGCUGGCUCUUCACGCGAGGAUACCACUUAGACCUUUCUGCGGUUGUCGUCAGUAGUGCUGCAAAGAAGGCAGCGACCAUGCUAGUCGACCUGCCUGGAUACCCAUUCGACCAUUCGACGUCAUAUUGGAACGAAAGCCGGUUGAGCAAAGACUACAGGUUCCGCAAAUUCCCACGCCAUGACCUUCUUGGAGCUCCUAUCCCAGACUGGAACCCAUCCAACGCGAUCUGGGGUCAUUACAUUCGCGCCAAAGAGAAUCCAUGGGUCAAGGAUCAUGUCAUCACUGGGAGUACUCUGUAUCCAGCGGCAGGCAUGCUUGUGAUGGCUAUUGAAGCUAGCAAGCAACUGGCCGAUCCUGCCCUCAAACUGUCUGGCUUUCGACUAAAGGAUGUCUCUUUCCACACAGCGCUCGAAGUUCCUGAUGACAUCGAAGGCCUUGAGACCCGAUUCCAUCUUCGCCCGCUUUGGGAGGGCAACUCAAGCCAGUCCGCUACGUGGAGUGAAUUUGAGCUGUGGGGUUACAAGAACGACGAAUGGCGGAAUCACUGCCGCGGCUGGAUUCAGGCCGAAUUCUUCUCGGGCCACACCGUCGUGGAUGGGGGCUUAGAGCAAAGGAAGUCUGAAGAGGCAUUCGCCAAGAUUGUGGACGAUUCAGACAGAAGCUGUCUCGAUCCACUCACGAACGAUCAGGUCUACGAUGCAUUCCACUCUGCUGGCCUAGGGUACGGUCCAACCUUCCGAAACCUGUCAGAUGUAAGUGUCGGCAAUUCCCAUGAGGCGGCGAUGACUCUCACGGCACCGGAUCUGCGAUCGGUCAUGCCCUACGGAUUCACACACCCCCACGUUAUCCAUCCCACCACCCUCGACAGUGCUCUUUCUGCCGCAUUCAUUGCUCUCCAUCGAGGCGGCGCGGAUGGCGGUGACAUGCAAGCUGCCGUUCCAACUUCAAUCAAGGAGAUGUGGAUCGCUUCUGACCAGGAGGACGACAUUCCCCUGCAGUCCAUGCGGAUUUCCGCUUCAACCAGGGCCAUGGGGGCGCGGAAGUUCGAGGCUAAACUGGUAGGAGUCGGUCCUCGAUCCCGAAAGCCGCUUCUCGCAAUGGAGGGCUUGGUGUGCACAUCAAUCUCACACGGUGAACCGACUCGAAGGGACACGAGCUCCUGUUACAAUGUCGACUGGAGGCCUGAUGCUACCCUGCUGCGACAAGAACAUGCCCUACGUGUCCUUGGAGUAUCUGACUCACUUGUUGACGCCAAUGAGUCGGCUGUCUGUUCCGAUACACUCGCACUUGUCUACGCAUACCUGAAGCGCUACAUACAAUCCCAAGGCAUCCACAGCUUCGAUCCAACCAGGACGCAUUACCAGAAAUAUCUUUCUUGGGCACAGCGGUUCAUUGCACAACGCGAGGACGAUAGGUCGAUGCAGAAUCGCCUUGACUGGGACGAUGAAACCAUUACUGCGCUUGAGGCCAAACUGGAGCACGAAAAUGCUGGUGGGAGAUUAACCGUAGGUGUGGGACGAGUGCUGGGUGAGAUAUUGUCCGGAAAACGAGACCCUUUGCAGCUUCUGUUCACAGACCAACUGGCCGAAGGCAUCUACCACCGACCAUACAGCUCUGCCAUCAUCGGUAGCUACAUGCGCACGCUCGCACACAAAAACCCGCACUUGAACAUUCUGGAAGUCGGUGCUGGAACUGGUGCUACAACGGGUCCAGUGCUGGACUCACUUGUCGAAGACGGAAAGCCAUUGUUUGCGCGCUACGACUUCACAGAUCUUUCGCCAGCUUUUUUCCCCAAAGCCGAGCAAGUCUUUCAGACUGUUGCACACAAAAUGCAGUUCGCAACUCUCAACAUUGAGCAAGAUCCCAUUGUCCAGAACUUUGAAGCCGGACACUAUGACGUGGUUAUCGCUUCAAACGUUCUUCACGCAACUAGGAGCAUAAACGAUACACUAGAUAAUAUUCGCCGACUUUUGAAGCCGGGUGGGAAACUUGUUCUUUUCGAGGUCACGAACCUGGACACGUAUGGCAACUUUUCGUUCGGCUUAUUGCCAGGCUGGUGGCUUAGCACUGAGCCCUAUCGUCAGACCGGUCCACUGCUUACUGUGGCCAGCUGGAACUCGCAUUUCGAGGCCAAUGGUUUUACAGGUGUUGAUCUUUGCUUCGACGAUGGACUCGCUCCUGCAGAGUUUAACGUCAUGAUUGGUACUGCGACUUCGUCUGCCACAGGCGUCGAGAGCGAUGCACAUGGAGAAUCCUCGAUCAGCAUUAUCAUCGACGGUCGAUGUCAGUUGCAACAGCAGCUCGCCAGUCACUUGCAAGGACAGCUGUCACCCACCCACCCCUCCAUCGACACCUUGCCCCUACAGAGCCUGGAUGGGACAAAUUUCGACCGAAAGGCAUGCAUCUUUCUUGCGGAGCUCUAUGAGUCUGUCCUUGCCACUCCGGAUGGGAAGACGUUCGACGGGAUCAAGAACAUGUGCGGAUCGGCACGUGCCAUUCUGUGGGUUGUCCAAGGCGGAGGAGUCACUCCAACGAACCCCACCUCAGACAUGGUCCUUGGGUUCGCGCGAACCAUGCGCAUGGAAAACGCAGCUCAAUUCGUCACGUUGAGCCUUGCGAGUCUAUCUCCAACGGAAGUGACCCACGCUACAGACACGAUUCUUCAGAUCGUCAAGGAGAAACUGCUUAAGCCCGACUCGUCGGAGAUUGUGGAUAAUGCAUUCUGCGAGCACGAAGGCUUUUUGAAGAUUCCCCGGCUCGUCGCCGGCUCUGGUCUUUGCACCGAAAAGAGCAAGGCCGGGUCACCUGCUCUGCGUGGGUCCAACUAUGAGCCGGAGCCAACGGUCUUCGGAGCCAUUCCUGAGCGCGCUCUGAUGUUGGAGGUUGCCACCCCCGGUCUUCUAGACUCAAUGCGCUUCGUGGACGAUGACAUAUAUGGUAAGCCACUUGGAGAGGGAGAAGUAGAAUUCCGCAUCAUGGCUGCCGGCCAAAACUUCCGACAUUUGCUCCACGCCCUAGGCCAGUUACCGAACAGCGCCAAUGGUGCCGAAGCCUCAGGUAUCGUCACUCGUGCCGGACCUAACACACCUUUCAAGGUUGGCGACCGUGUCUUUGGUUGUCACGAAAGGCUGUUCGGCACUUUUGCUCGAGGACCUCAUCACUGCUUAGCACCUAAGCCUGACCAGCUAUCAUUCCGCGAAGCUGCAGCCAUACCUAUCGUCUUCAUGACCGCCUACAUAGCCCUCUACGACUAUGCCCGCAUCAAGACGGGUGAGACGGUGCUGAUUCAUUCUGCCGCUGGUGGUCUUGGGCAGGCCUGUAUUCAAUUGGCACAGCUCGCAGGCGCCGAGGUCUUCGCAACGGUUGGUUCACUGGACAAGGUUGAUCACCUAGCCCAAACCUAUGGCAUCCCGCGCGACCACAUCUUCUCAAGUCGGGACCUUAGUUUCUCCAAGGGCGUGAUGCGCAUGACUGGCGGUCGAGGUGUCGAUGUCGUUGUUAAUUCGUUGUCGGGAGCAGCAUUACGUGCAACGUGGGAGUGCGUUGGCUCCUUUGGCCGCUUCGCCGAGUGCGGCAAGAAGGAUUUCCUUGCUGCAGCCACGCUUCCGAUGUAUCAGUUCCUCAGAAAUGUCAGCUUCCGCUUGAUUGAUCUGGAGAUGCUGGUUAUGGAAGAGCAGGAAGAGGCCGGGCGGGUGAUGAGGGAGGUGAUGCAACUGGUGGACUCGGGUUCCAUCAAGAGCAUCCGACCUUUGCAUAUCUUCCCUUACUCCCAAAUCCACGAGUCCUACAAGUUCAUGCAGUCGGGCAAGCAUUUUGGCAAGAUCAUCCUGGAAUCGCGGCCUGAGGAGACAGUCAUGGUAAGCGUUGGCUCUGAUUCUGUGCUCGACGACGUGAAGGCUAAUCUUUCAAAGGCAAUCCCGUCCCAAAAGGCAUCAUGGUCUUUCGAUGCGGAUGCAACCUAUGUGAUUUCUGGUGGCCUAGGUGGCAUCGGCCGUGGUAUUGCCCGCUGGAUGGCCAAGCGAGGAGCCCGGAAUCUAGUUCUGCUAUCUAGAACCGGGCCGACGCGAAAGUCAGGACAGGCAUUGAUGGCCGAGCUAGCUGCAAGGGGCGUUACUGCUCUUGCUCCGGCUGCUGACGUCACAGACGCAGCUGCACUGAGAAGAGUACUGGAAGAUGUCUCCGUGACACUGCCUCCUGUUAAAGGUUGUAUUCAGGCGGCUAUGGUCCUCAAGGUAUCUUUACCCACGCUAGCUUCUAACCCCGAGACCUGUGUCGACCCCAAACUGGCAGGCACCCUGAAUCUUCAGCAGAUGCUGCCCCCGACCAUGGAUUUCUUCAUCAUGCUGUCAUCAUUCGCAGGGCUGAUCGGCGAGCCUGGUGAAGCCAACUAUGCCGCUGGAAACGCGUAUCAAGAUUCUCUCGCUCGCCAUCUCGUGUCCAAGGGUCAAAGAGCCAUUGCAAUUGGCCUGGGCAUGAUGGGAUCCAUUGGUUACGUAGCUGAAAGCCUUGACAGAGCCGCACAACUAGAACACAUUGGCCUCGACGCCAUGCGUCCUACCGAGUCCGUUGUUGACGCGGUCGAUAUUGUCAUACAAGGUCUCUCCAAGAAGCUCUGGAAUAUUCUCAAAGUCGAGGUCCAAGCAGAUCUCUCAGCGCCUUUGCACACAUAUGGCAUAGACUCGCUUGUUGCGAUUGAGCUGCGGUCCUGGAUCGUCAAUGAGAUGGGAGCGGAAACGACCAUUUUCGAACUCAUGGGAAGUGGGGGAUUGGACGUACUAGCACCGAUCAUUGUCAAACGGAGCAGCUUCGUGAAGGUCGAAAGCACGUAG